GGACGCAGGGCUGGGCUUCGUGCGGUGGGGCUCGCUCGCGCGGCGGCGGUAGCCGAGGCCUUUUGGAUCUGCGGCACGUGACGGUCGGGCCGCCUCCGCCUCUGUCUCCUCUGCAGCGCGCGGCCAGGUGUGCGGGUGGAAGGAGCGCGGACACCGCCUGUGGUCUCCGGUUAGCCUGAGAUCAUGGAAGGGAGAUGGUUGCUGUGUAUGUUACUGGUCCUUGGAACUGCCAUUAUUCAGGCUCAUGAAGGACAUGAUGACGAUAUGAUUGAUAUUGAGGAUGAUCUUGAUGAUGUCAUUGAAGAGGUAGAAGAUUCAAAAUCGAAACCAGAUACCAGCACUCCUCCAUCUCCAAAGGUCACCUACAAAGCUCCAGUUCCAACAGGAGAAGUUUAUUUUGCUGAUUCUUUUGAUAGAGGCUCUCUGUCAGGGUGGAUUUUAUCCAAAGCCAAGAAAGAUGACACUGAUGAUGAAAUUGCCAAAUAUGAUGGAAAGUGGGAGGUAGACGAAAUGAAGGAAACAAAGCUUCCAGGCGAUAAAGGACUUGUAUUGAUGUCUCGGGCCAAGCAUCAUGCCAUCUCUGCUAAAUUGAACAAGCCCUUCCUAUUUGAUACCAAGCCUCUCAUAGUUCAGUAUGAGGUUAAUUUCCAAAAUGGAAUAGAAUGUGGUGGUGCCUAUGUGAAACUACUUUCCAAAACACCAGAACUCAACCUGGAUCAAUUCCAUGACAAGACCCCCUAUACGAUUAUGUUUGGUCCAGAUAAAUGUGGAGAAGACUAUAAAUUGCACUUCAUCUUUCGCCACAAAAACCCCAAGACAGGUGUAUAUGAAGAAAAGCACGCUAAAAGGCCAGAUGCAGAUUUGAAGACCUAUUUUACUGAUAAGAAAACACAUCUUUACACAUUAAUCUUGAAUCCAGAUAAUACUUUUGAAAUAUUAGUUGACCAGUCCGUUGUAAACAGUGGAAAUCUGCUAAAUGACAUGACUCCUGCUGUAAAUCCUUCACGUGAAAUUGAGGAUCCAGAAGACCGGAAGCCUGAGGACUGGGAUGAAAGACCCAAAAUACCCGAUCCAGAUGCUGUCAAGCCAGAUGACUGGGAUGAAGAUGCUCCUGCUAAGAUUCCAGAUGAGGAGGCCACGAAACCUGAUGGCUGGUUAGAUUAUGAGCUCGAAUAUAUACCUGAUCCAGAUGCAGAGAAGCCAGAGGAUUGGGAUGAGGAUAUGGAUGGAGAGUGGGAGGCUCCACAGAUUGCCAAUCCUAAAUGUGAGUCAGCUCCUGGGUGUGGUGUCUGGCAGCGGCCUAUGAUUGACAACCCCAGUUACAAGGGCAAAUGGAAACCUCCCAUGAUUGACAAUCCUAAUUACCAGGGAAUAUGGAAACCCAGAAAAAUACCAAAUCCAGAUUUCUUUGAAGAUCUAGAACCUUUCAGAAUGACUCCUUUUAGUGCUAUUGGUUUGGAGCUGUGGUCCAUGACUUCUGACAUUUUUUUUGACAACUUCAUCAUCAGUGGUGAUCGAAGAGUAGUUGAUGACUGGGCUAAUGAUGGAUGGGGCCUGAAGAAAGCUGCCGAUGGAGCUGCUGAGCCAGGUGUAGUGGGGCAGAUGCUGGAGGCAGCUGAGGAGCGCCCGUGGCUCUGGGUGGUCUACAUUUUGACUGUGGCUCUGCCAGUGUUCCUUGUCAUCCUCUUCUGCUGCUCUGGAAAGAAGCAGUCGAAUGCUAUGGAGUAUAAGAAGACAGAUGCUCCUCAACCAGAUGUCAAGGAGGAGGAAGAAGAAAAGGAAGAGGAAAAGGACAAAGGGGAUGAAGAUGAGGAAGGUGAAGAGAAGCUUGAAGAGAAACAAAAAAGUGAUGCUGAAGAGGAUGGUGGCACUGUCAGUCAAGAGGAGGAAGAUAGAAAACCUAAAGCAGAGGAAGAUGAAGUUUUGAACAGAUCACCAAGAAACAGAAAGCCAAGACGAGAGUGAAACAAUCUUAAGAACUUAUCUGUGAAUUCCUCUCCCUCCCCUCCCCUGCAAGUGUGGUCCUAGGAGAGGGCCUGGCAACCUUAGGUUGAAACUCAGAAAACCUCAAGAUGACACCAUCAGCAGGUUCCAGCUGAGCGCUAGCCUGUGUGAUUUUAAACAUCUAGCAGUAAAUAAUUGCAGUUGUGACAUAAAGGACCCUGUUUCUGUAGAAAGAAAACAUUUAACAUAAUGGUUGUGAAAUGUAACAUGAAGCAACUAACUUGUAUUUUUUGUUUUGUUUUUAAACAUCUUUCUUUAAAAUAGAAUGAUAGAAGUUUUGCCAGUCUAAAAUCUUGGCUUAAUUUAUUAAUCUGUCCAUGCAGAAAUAACACCAACAUUUAGAAAAGCUAGGGGGAUGAAUUACAGUUUUUCUAAUCUAACAGGUUUGUUUUUUUUUUUUAGGUUUGAUAUUACAAAACAUUCAAGUAUCUGUGGCCCUUGAAAUUGGUAAUCAUGUCUAAGUACAGUCCUUUGUGGUUAUAAUCUUGUUUUUCUUGCUUCUAUUACUCAAUUCCUCCAAGAAUAUUGAGAUUAGAUAGAAGUCCAAAUUUAUAUAUAAAGAUUUUGUUUAAGUUGUAUUAAAAGUAGACCUAUAACACACACACACACAACACACCCAGCUUUCACUUGGAUGUUGGUUAGAUCAUAAGGUUUGUGUGUUCUCUUGCCCUUGGAACUGCUUGGUUCCCAGUCAGCUUUUCAGUUGAUGGAGGUGGUGAUUUAAAGCAGCACCUGGGCAUUCCUACUUCACACAUCGGAGUCUCUGGUCCCUGGCCUCCUAGAAUGCUGGCUUUUGAAAGAAACACUGGCAGGGCAGGUGGGCUCCAGAGAAGAUGCUUCACCACUUGUUCCACUGUGUUGACACUGUUUUCCUUACCUAUUUUCCCUGCCCUAGCUCUCUCUCUGCUAUGCAUUUUCUUCACAGCGCAGCUUGCAGUCCGUUGCUGAAAAUUAUUAUAAAGCUCUGCAUAGUGUUAAGCUUUAUUGUGAUUAAGUGUAUGUUUCUUUUUAAGCAGACCCACACCUUUCCAGGGUCAAAGUACAGGAUAGAACACAAACUUCCAUUCUUAUCCAUUUCCUUUACUCUGUAUAAAGACUUUAGAAGUCUAAUCCAGACGUGGGCCAAUUCAGAAUUGACUGUAAUUGAACAUAGAAUAAAAGUAUUUAUGGGAGGAGUGACAUAGCAUGAAUUACCUGAUUUUUGUAGAAUAUUUUAAGUUCAUUCGCAAUUCAUGUAACAGCUAUGUCUUAAAUUUACACAAUAAAGGAGUCCUUUUCAAUUUUUUUUU